AUUUUAUCUCCCGAUUUGAGUGCCAAGUGCGAUUUCUAAGAAAUUAAUAUGUUGAAUUAUUGAUAAAGUUGUCCGAUAUCAUUUUUAUGAUUCAUUAGUAAACUUCUUUUAAAAUAAAUGAGUGCCCAAACGGAAUCGCGAAAGCGCCAUGUUAUCUGCAUGGCUUCAGAUUUUUUUUACCCUAACACAGGCGGAGUCGAAGAGCAUAUAUACAACCUUUCGCAAUGUUUGAUAAAAAGAGGGCACAAAGUUAUAGUGAUCACGCAUUCGUACGGAGAGAGGGUGGGCAUUCGCUACCUCACUGGAGGGCUUAAAGUUUACUACUUACCUGUGACGGUGAUGUACGCCCAAUGUGUGCUUCCAACCAUGAUAGCCCAUGUUGCUUUAGUCAGAUACAUUCUGAUACGAGAAUGUAUAGAAAUAAUUCACGGUCAUUCUGCAUUCAGUGUUAUGGGUCAUGAAGUGUCAAUUAUAGGUAAACUAAUGGGUCUGAAAACUGUUUUCACAGACCACAGCUUAUUUGGAUUUGCUGAUACCUCUGCAGUAUUGACCAACAAGUAUUUACAGAUGUGUUUGUGUGAAUGUGACCAUUGUAUAUGUGUUUCACACACUGGUAAAGAGAAUACUGUAAUGAGAGCCAAAGUGAAGGCUCAUAAGGUUUCGGUAAUUCCCAAUGCAGUUGAUGCAUAUAAUUUUACUCCAGAUCCAAGCCAAAGAGACCCAAAUGUGAUAACAAUAGUCAUUGUGUCAAGAUUAGUUUAUAGGAAGGGUGUGGAUUUGAUGGCUGCAAUUAUUGCUGAAAUGUGUCCCAGAUAUCCCAAGUUGAGAUUUAUUAUUGGAGGGGAUGGUCCAAAGAUGUGGCUUUUACAAGAGGUUAGAGAAAGAAUGGGUUUUCAGCACUGUGUCACAUUACUUGGGAGUCUCAAGCAUUCUGAAGUGAGGAAUGUUUUAGUGAAAGGUGACAUUUUCUUAAAUACUUCAUUGACAGAAGCUUACUGCAUGGCCAUUGUUGAGGCUGCUUCUUGUGGUUUGAAAGUGGUAUCUACUAAAGUUGGCGGUAUUCCUGAAGUGUUGCCCGACAACAUGAUCUACCUGACAGAGCCAAACGUGGGUAGUUUGGUGGAAGGUAUUGAACAAGCCAUGCAAGAUUUGAGUGCUGGAAGAAUGCUAUGUCCUUUUGUGUGCAACAGAAAAGUUAAAACAAUGUACAAUUGGAUGGAUGUGACGAGGAGAACUGAAGUGGUGUAUAAUAAGAUAAUACGAAAUAAAAAUAAGCCGUUAGGGCAGCAGCUACGCAGUUACCUGAAUUGUGGCGUUUGGCCAUGGUUACUAGUCAUAAGCUUGGUGUAUUUGUUGUUACAACUCAUAGAGAAGAUUCAUAAACGGAAGAAUAUAGACAUAGCAAGGAAUUUACAAUUAUAGCUAGGACAUUAUAUUGAAAAUUAGAAAAAAAUAAAAUUUUGGAAUGAUAUUUAUUGUAAUACUAUGUUCAAAUUACAAAACAAAAAUUCGAACUAGUCUUAAUAAUAGGCAUUUAACAAUAUUUAAAUACAAAAUAAUCAAUUUAAUAAAUAACUUUCCAUAGAUGUAGCGGGUACAUUCCAAUAUUGAACAAGGCUAUAUUUUUAUAUGCUUAUUUAUAAUCUUUUGUUUUAUGAUUUAACUUCAGACAUUGCACAAAUGGCUGAGAAACGACUGCCUUCCAAAGUCUUCAUUUAUGCUCUGUAAUAAGAAAACAAUUUUUUUAUUUUUUUAAAAUAAACAGCU